AUGUUGUCUAAGAUUGCCCUAGCUUCUUCUAUGAUCCCCGUUGCUCUAGCCUGUCUAGGCUACGAGGGGGGUCUCCCACAGCAUACCGCCCACCACUCAAACAGCGCCCCGAUCGAGAUUGCUGCUGGUCAAACUUUUGAUGCUGGCUGGGCCAAGUAUGACCGUGGUUCCGGCGCAUGCACUAGCGGUGAAGGUGGAAAUGAUGAUGCUGUCUUCAUCCUCCGAUCUGGUGCAACUCUGAAGAACGUCAUCAUUGGAAAAGACCAGAAGGAGGGGGUUCACUGCGAGGGCCCCUGCACUUUGGAGUUCGUUUGGUUUGAGGACGUUUGUGAGGAUGCUAUCACCGUUCGAGGAGACUCUGCCGGACAAGAGUCCUGGAUCAUUGGCGGUGGUGCUUACCACGCCAGCGACAAGGUUGUCCAGCACAAUGGCUGUGGUACUGUGAAUAUAAUCAACUUCUACGCCGAAGACUACGGCAAGGUCUACCGCUCCUGCGGCAACUGCAGCUCCCAGUGCAAGCGCAAUGUCUACGUUGAGGGCACUACCGCAUACAACGGUGGUGAAAUUGUCGGCAUCAACCUGAACUAUGGGGACACCGCUACCUUGAAAAACGUCUGCACCGACGCCGACCACCCUUGCGUCUUCUAUGAUGGCUGCAGCAACAGCUGUGAGCCGCAGAAAGUCGGAUACUGCUCUGGUUAA